CACCACGGGCUCGCUCGCUCUCGCUCUCAGGAAAAACUGAGGCACCAAGCUUGGUUCCCGGAGCCAGCGGGGACUGUGGAGACACUGCCAGAAUCCUCAACGGCUUGGAAAUCCUAUCACCUUGGUUCCCUGAGACUUGGAGGUAUAGUAGGAACUGACAGCUGGCUGACAAAAAAAAAAAAAAACCUCAUCCACGGAGAGAAAAGACAUAAGUGAAGUAUGAAAUUUUGAAUAACGUUUUCAGAUGCUUUGCAUUCAGAAUAGACCUCUGUUGGGACCCAAGCUGUGAACCAAUCCUAAAUUCCUAAGGUCCCAAAUUGCAGGUAUUGAUUCUGACUUUUGAAGAUGGAUGAAGGUGUAGAAAUUUCAAGUGAUGGAAAUUCCCUCAUCAAAGCAGUCCAUCAGAGCCGGCUUCGCCUCACAAGACUCUUGCUAGAAGGUGGUGCCUACAUUAAUGAGAGCAAUGACCGUGGGGAAACCCCUUUAAUGAUCGCUUGUAAGACCAAACAUGUUGAUCACCAGAGUGUCAGUAAAGCCAAAAUGGUUAAAUACCUGUUAGAAAACAACGCUGAUCCCAACAUACAGGACAAAUCUGGGAAAACUGCUCUGAUGCACGCUUGCUUAGAAAAAGCCGGUCCUGAAGUUGUUUCCUUGCUCCUAAACAGUGGAGCUGAUCUCAGCUUGCAAGACCAUUCUAGUUAUUCGGCCCUUGUUUAUGCUAUAAAUUCAGAGGAUAGAGAAACCCUGAAAGUUCUACUUAGUGCUUGCAAGGCAAAAGGGAAAGAGGUCAUUAUCAUAACGACAGCGAAAUCACCCUCUGGUAGGCACACUACCAAACAGUACUUAAAUAUGCCUCCUGUAGAUACAGAUGGGUGUCAUUCCCCAACCUCCUGUGCCACUCCUUCAGAAAUAGACAUAAAAACAGCCUCAUUGCCACUUUCACAUUCUUCUGAAACUGAAAUGACACUUUUUGGCUUUAAAGGUCUGGAGCCCUCAGGAAGUAGUGAUGAUACACAGGACCCAGGCUCCCCUAUAAGGAAGCCUGCUAUGGCCUCUAAUGGGCCCAAGCUACCCCAGGCUCCAACCUGGAUCAAGAGUCCUCCCUUAUUAAUGCACCAAAACAGAGUGGCCUCCUUGCAAGAGGAGCUCCAGGAUAUUACUCCAGAGGAAGAAUUAUCCUACAAAACGAAUGGGCUGGCACUUUCCAAGCGAUUCAUCACUAGGCACCAAAGUAUUGAUGUAAAAGACACUGCACAUUUGCUAAGAGCCUUUGAUCAGGCCAGCUCAAGAAAGAUGUCAUACGAUGAAAUAAAUCAUCAGUCAUUUUUUUCAGAAGGAAGCCAGCAAUGCAUUGAAAUCCCUGCUGACCCAGAUCCAGACUCUAACCAGACAAUCUUUGCUUCCACCUUAAGAAGUAUAGUUCAGAAAAGAAACUCAGGGGCAAAUCACUACAGCUCUGAUUCCCAGCUCUCGGCUGGUCUUACCCCUACAACUCUAGAAGAUGGCAAAGCACUUAUAGGAAAGAAAAAGAUCUUGCCAUCUCCUUCCCUGUUGUCAGGGCCCAAAGAAUUGCUGGAGAAUAUCUCACCAGGUCCCUUGAGCAGGAGAAAUCAUGCACUUUUAGAAAGGCGUGGUUCAGGAGCUUUCUUUUUAGAUCACAGUAUUACUCAAGCCAGAUCAGGAUUUCUGCCACCCUUAAAUGUGAAUCCUCACCCCCCCAUCUCAGAUCUCAAUGUCAAUAACAAGAUUUCCAGCCUCCUUUCUUGUGGUCAAAAAGUGCUUAUGCCAACAGUUCCUAUGUUCCCUAAAGAAUUCAAAAGUAAAAAAAUGUUGUUAAGGAGACAAUCAUUGCAAACAGAACAAAUUAAGCAAUUAGUAAAUUUUUAAGAAAUGGCUAGAAAGCACAUUUUGUUCAAAUGUCUACAUCAGAGAAAUAUAGAAACAGAGAAGAAAUUUCAAAUGUCCAUCCUUUUAAAUCUUGUAAUUGGUUAGUCCAUAAUUGUUAGGGGUAUCAAAAUAUACUGUGUAUCGUACUAGGCACUGUGGACAUACAAAUAACAUGUAGUUCCUACUAAGGAAAUUCAAACAAAAUUAAAGCUAUAUUUCUCAAAACUUCUAAUAUUUAACAACCUUCAUGUGGUCCAAGUUUUUAAUUUAAACAAAAAUCAGUAAAAAAAGUCAAAUAUGUUGGAGAUGACUUUAAAAUUUUUUUCAGAUUUCCCAGAUAUUUUAUUAGGAAACACUGCAUUCAAGUCAAUAAACGUUUUUAACAUUACAAGUCAAUAAAUAAGAUUGUAAUUUUCCAUGAUGCCAAAAGCAUAAAAAAAAAAAAAAACAGAAGUGGCCUAUGAUCAAUAAGCCUAUAAGGUAUAAGGUAUAAGGAAAGAAUGAACUAAUUCUUAAAAAUGUUGACUGCAAGUAUAUGAAAUCUAAUUAAAAUUGUAAAAGGCCAACCAUUAUAGUAGACUGGGCGGCUAAUAUUCACGUUGUCAGCUUAAUCAAUGUCAAAUAACAGAUCAGAGUUUUACAAGCUAGUAAUAAUCUAUGCUAAGUGUUGGUGUGUUGU